AUGCAUCAGAAAGGAAGUAGUCUCGAGUCUGUUUUUUCAGCCACCAAGUUACGGCAACAACAAUUGCCAGCAUGGCAACCUAUUCUCACAGCAUCAACCGUCAUCCCAACUGUUAUAGGAGUGGGAAUAAUUUUUAUCCCCAUAGGUGUUGCCUUAUUCCUCGCUUCUGAAGGAGGUUCGUUACUCAUGUUCAACUUGUACUUUGCCAGUUACUUGGGUGAUGUUUAUCUUUAUUACUACUUGGAAAACUAUUUUCAAAAUCAUCGGCGAUAUGUAAAGAGCAGAAACGAUAAACAAUAUCUCGGAAAUGUCAUGGAUGUUUCUGACUGUGAACCAUUUGCCUACGAUGACAAAAAGGUCCCGAUAGCUCCAUGUGGCGCGAUAGCCAAUUCAAAAUUCAAUGAUACUUACGAGCUCUACUAUUAUGAUAACGGAAUGAGGAUACCUGUACCUGUAACUAAAGAAGGAGUUCUCUGGGAUGUCGAUAAGGAUAAGAAGUUUAAGAAUCCUCCCAUACCACCGGGCGGAACGCUGUGUGAUGCUUUCAAAGUUCUCUGGGAUGUCGAUAAGGAUAAGAAGUUUAAGAAUCCUCCCAUACCACCGGGCGGAACGCUGUGUGAUGCUUUCAAAGGAACCGCUAAACCGCCAAACUGGAGGAUCGAACCAUGCCUGGACGACGGUUUUGAAAACGUCGACUUGAUUGUUUGGAUGCGUACAGCUGCGCUUCCGAAUUUCCGGAAACUUUGGAGGCUGCUGGAUCGCACUAGCGAAAACCUUCUUGCUGGUCAGCGUUUCCGUGAUGGCUUACCUGCGGGCCAAUACGAAGUUACUGUGCACUCCACUCCAUUGAUCAUAUCUGAGUCAACUAGAAUGAAGCCAAACUUGUUGAAAUGGCUUUUAUCUUUAGAUUAUCCAGUGGUGGUCUUCGGUGGACGUAAAUCUUUCGUAGUGAGUACAACAAGUUGGGCUGGCGCUAAAAACCCUUUUCUCGGAAUAGCUUAUAUAGUAGUGGGAUCGCUUUCUAUCGUUCUUGGCAUUAUUUUCAUUGGAAUCCAUGUCAAAUUUGGCCAUUCGUGA